AUGGCGGUCGGCCUGUGCAUCUCGCACAGGAUUGCUGACAUGCACACUAUAUCGUCCUUCAUGAGCACGUGGGCGAUGGCAUGUGGCGGAAGCAUUCACAAGGCGAUCCAUCCGUGCGUCGAUCUAUCAUCUAUUUUCCCACCAAGAGACUUGCCUAAGCCCGAGCCUCCCGUCAGACUAAUGAUAGGUGCGAAAUACGUCACGAAAAGAUUCGUGUUUGACAGACAAUCCAUCGCGAAGCUCAAAGCCAUCGCGAAGAAGGGAGGGUUUGAUUCCAAAAGGGAACCCUCACGCGUGGAACUAGUCAAGGCCCUCGUGUCGAUUGCUCUCUUGGAUGUUGCCAAGCUAAAAAAUGCGCGAUCCAAGCCGUUCCGAAUUUCGCACAUGUCCGUGCUCGAGGUGAAAAAACUCGGGUUACCUGUCUUGGUGAGUUUGAUGCGAGAUGUGAUAACAACCUCGCUUGCCAAGUUAGUGAACGUGAUAGACGAGGAGAAUUUGGGCGAGAUGGUAAUGUACUUGGUGAGAGAGUUUCAGGAGGAACUGCGGAAAGGCGAAGCCAACGUGCUCCUGUUCACCAGCUGGUGUCGGUUUCCGCUGCACCGGGCCGAUUUGGGUUGGGGUGAGCCUGAGUUUGUGAGUAGCUUAUGCUCUCCGUUUGACUCGGUCACGUUGAUGGAUCACAAGGAAGGCGACGAUGAUGGCGGAAUUGUGGCACAGGUGAGCUUGACUGAAGGCGACAUGGAUCUUUUCUGUAAACAACAUGACAUUUUACAGUAUGCUUCCUAUAAGUACAAAGCUUGA